AUGUCCCCGUCACUGGAACAAGAUGUUAACAUCCUUCCACUUGAUGAUAGACGAAUGUCAGUACCUAUUUCUGGUAUAAAGGAAUCAGUAGAAGCGACGGGAUUUUUCUUUUUCAUUUCCUUUCUUUCUUUCUUUUUUAUUUACUUGUUACUUUCUUUAAACAUCCUUUGUCUAUCAGUCCCGAUAUUUUUUAAUGCGAUUUUUCUUUCUUUCUUUCUUUCUUUCUUUCUUUCUUUCUUUCUUUCCCUCGAUGUUUUAAAUGUUUCUUUCUUUCUUUCUUUCUUUCUUUCUUUCUUUCGUUUUGUCUUUCUUCCCAUAUUUUAUUUCUUGUUUCUUUAUUGCUUAUUUACUUGUACAUUUUUUAAAAUUAUUCUGCGUCUAUCAUCCCGAUGUUUUUUAAUGUGCUUAUUUCUUUCUUUUCUUUUCUUUUCUUUUCUUUCUUUGUUUCUUUCUUUCUUUCUUUCUUUCUUUCUUUCUUUAAUAUUUCCUUCUUUUCUUUCUUGUUUCUUUAUUGCUUCUUUACAUUUACUUUUUUUUAUUUAUCCUUCGCCUAUCAGCGCCGAUGUUUUUUUAAUGUGCUUCUUUCUAUCUUUCUUUCUUUCUUUCUGUUUAAGGUUUUCAUUCAUCUUAUCUAUUUUCCACUUUUUUAAUUCUAUGUUUCAUGCUUUCAUUUACCAUUUUUCUGUCAUUCAUUCUGUCUUUCUUUCCUUAUUUUUUUUGGUUUACAUUUCUUUUAGCUUUUAUUCUUUCUGUAUUUUUACCAUUUUAGAUCAUCCUUUCUCUUUUUCUCUCAUUUCCUGCGUUUUUAAUUUCUUCUCAUUUCUUUUUUUCCCCUUCAUUUCUUCUGCUUCUUCAGUUUUCUUUUCUUUCUUUUUAUUGGAUUUCUUUCCUUCUCUUAUUCACUUUUCUCGUCUUUUACUGCGGCUUGUACUUUUAUUCUUCUUCUUCUUCUUCUUCUUCUUCUUCUUCUUCUACAUGUUUUUGUUCAUUAUCUAUUUCUUUCUCGUAAUCAUUUUCUUCUUCACUAUCUUUUCAUCUUCUUCAUCGUCAUCAUCAUCUUCUUCCUUUUCUUCUAAUUUUUCUUCUUCUUCAUCAUCAUCUACAUUAUCAUCAUCAUCAUUUUCAUCUUCUUCAUCUACUCCUUCUUCAUCUUAUCAUUCAUAA